AUGUCGAUUGGCGAUGCUUCGACCCCGCCUAAGGGAACGUUUCAGAAAGACUUUCUGGGAGUUGUUCUGGCACGACACGUCAUCACCCAGCCCCUGAAGGCCAAGUCCUCCGCCACGACCAGCCGGACCCGCCGCCUCAUCGCCGCUGUGUGGGUGACGUCAGUGCUCCUUUGUGUGCCCAAGCUCGUCGGACAGAGACUGAUCGCCCAGAAGGUACCAUUUGACGUGGAAGUGGUGUACCACUGCCAGUUGGCCUGGGACUCGACAGCGUUCCAACAGAUCUAUGCCGUGUACCUGAUGGUCCUGCUGUUUGUGAUCCCGGUGCUAGGCAUGCUGGUCUCUCACAUCCGGGCUAUUUACAAGCUCCGGGGCGACAGCAAAGAAAAUGGCGGCUUCCUGAACGGGACCGGAGGAAAUGGCGGGAAAAGAGCUUCAAAGGCCCAGGUUACCAGAAUCCUGGUGAUAGUGGUGGUCCUGUACGCCAUCUUCUGGGGGCCGAUGUUGAUCUUGAACCUGGCCAUGAAGUUCGAGCUGGUUGACCGGUACACCCAGGCCGUGUACGCCAUGCGGCUGGCCUUCACCCUGCUCUCCCUGCUGCACAGCUGCGUCAACCCCAUCGCUUACGCCUUCGUCUCGCGCAACUUCCGCUCGGGCCUGCGCCGUGCGAUCCGAUCCGUCAUGCCCCGCGGCAAGAUGGAGGACAGCGCUUCCGGUGGGAGUCUGUCCGGGAACAACAACGCCCCUUCUUCUAACGGCUACUACAAACAGGUCCGCACCCUGCCGGACAACAUGCUCAACUUGUGGCUCUGGCAAAUGUCGCGGCAGCUGCGCCAGCGCGGGCCGGCAAGCCCUAGCGAACUCACCACGGUCUGA